AUGGAUUUUCAGCACCGUGUUGGUGGCAAAACUGGGUCGGGUGGUGUAGCUUCGGAGUCGGAAGCUAAUCGGGAUAGGCGUGAACGCCUUCGACAACUGGCAUUGGAUACAAUCGAUCUGGAAAAAGAUCCAUACUUUAUGAAAAAUCAUUUGGGUACAUAUGAAUGCAAGCUUUGUUUGACUCUUCACAAUAAUGAGGGCAGUUAUCUUGCCCACACCCAAGGGAAAAAACACCAGUAUAACCUUCAACGGCGUGCCCAUGAGCAAGCCAAAGAGGGUCCUGCCACACUUCAGCCGGAAAAGGCCCGGGUAGAACCGAAGAAAUUUAUAAAGAUUGGUCGUCCAGGUUACAAAGUUACAAAGCAGAAGGACCCUGACACAGGUCAGCAGUCCAUGUUGUUUCAAAUCGACUAUCCGGAGAUCGCUGAUGCCGCUGGGGUGAUUCCGCGUCAUCGAUUCAUGUCAGCCUACGAGCAGCGCGUCGAACCACCCGAUAGAAAGUGGCAGUACCUUCUCUUUGCUGCUGAGCCCUACGAAACGAUAGCUUUUAAAGUACGCAGUCGAGAAGUGGACAAGGAUCCUAAAAAAUUGUGGACAUUCUGGAACUCGGCAUCCAAACAGUUUUUCCUCCAAUUUGCCUACAAACUGGAGAAUCAGUCGGGUUCGUCUGCAAUGAUGCGCGAAUUAGAAAUGCAGAAGGCUCGAGCCCAACAGGCCCAACUGCAGCUUCAAUUGCCACCGCCGCCGCCUCCUCCACCUCCACCCAUUCAUAUGAAUGCUUCGGCGUUUGGUGGGGCACAUUACGGAAUGCCUCAGCCGCCACCGCCACCCCCAGUCGGUGGCAUGAUGGCCCCGCCCCCACCUCCACCACCUCCGAUCAGCAAUGCAGGAAAUCAGCCGCCUCCGCCGCCACCACCACCACUUCUGUCCGCCCCUCCUCCUCCCCCGCCGCCGCCACCCCCACCGCCACCACCGGCUUCUCACUAA